UGGGUCCCCCAAGUCACUGGGCAGCUGCAGCUUGCACUCCUGGACUUCAGCACCCCCUGGAGAGGUUCCUGUGCUUUCUGACCAGGUUAUGAAAGUCAUAGGGGAGGUGGGGCAGAGACCUGGAGGACUGAGCUUGGAAUUACCUGCGUCAGAGCAAGAGGUGAUGGAGCCCGGCCGCGGAGCAGGUGCAACUCCUUUGACCAGGAGCCCCCUGAGCAGCAGCAGGAGAGUCCCCCAGGAUGUGGACACCUCCAAGUUCAAGCACCCGGCCAACACAAGCUCCAGAGGGAGCGUCCCAGGAGAGGGCCACUUAGAGGAAGCCUGGCCAGUCCCAAGCCCUGCCAGCAGGGGUCCUCUGGGGUUGGGCUCAGGACCUGGGACUCUGAAGAAGGGGAGCUCUAGACCUUCCUCGAGGGAGAGCUGCAUUUCCCUCCAGGAGGGGCCUCGGCAGGACAGAAGCCCCAGUGCGAAGACCCAGGAGCUGAGGGGCUCAUCUCCCAGCCAGAAGGACAGCGUCAUCCCUGACAACAUUCGCCACAAAUUCGGCAGCAGAGUGGUGGACCAGCUGGUUUCCGAGGAGCAGGCUCAGAAGGUCAUCAGUGAAGCCUCAGAAGGCCAGAGGAGGAGAAGCUCGUGGUCCAACAGAAGCCAGAGUCCUGUGCAAACCUCCUCCAUCUUUUCAGACUACUAUGAUCUGGGUUACAACAUGCGGUCCAACUUAUUUCAAGGGUCGCCGCACGAGACCAAGAGCCUCAUGAAAGCUUCCUACACGCCUGAGGUGCUGGAGAAAUCGGUGCGAGACUUGGAACACUGGCAUGGCAGGAAGACAGACGACCUGGGACGGUGGCACCAGAAAAAUGCCAUGAACAUGAAUUUGCAGAAAGCGCUGGAGGAGAAAUACGGAGAAAAGAGCAAAUCCAAGUACUAGACACAGUGCGGAAGAGGCACCUGCUCCUCAAAGAAAGUGUAAUAAUAAAGAAAGAAAGCACACAUCGGA